AGUGAUGCCACCAAGAAAAAAUGAGAAAUACAAGCUUCCUGUUCCACUUCCAGAAGGCCAGGUUCUAGAUGAUACCGAAGGAAAACGGUGGAUACUGGGCAAGAUGAUUGGCUCUGGAGGAUUUGGUUUGAUAUAUUUAGCUUUCCCCACAAAUAAACCAGAUGAAGAUGCAAGACAUGUAAUAAAAGUGGAAUAUCAAGAAAAUGGCCCAUUAUUUUCAGAACUUAAAUUUUAUCAAAGAGCUGCAAAAAAAGACUCUAUCAAAAAAUGGAUAGCACUCAAACAACUUGAUUAUUUGGGAAUUCCUCUGUUUUAUGGAUCUGGUAUUACUGAAUUCAAGGGAAGAAGUUACAGAUUUAUGGUAAUGGAAAGACUAGGAAUAGAUUUGCAGAAGAUCUCAGACCAGAAUGGUACUUUUAAAAAGUCAACUGUCCUGCAGCUAGGUAUCCGAAUGUUGGAUGUACUGGAAUAUAUACAUGAAAAUGAAUAUGUUCAUGGUGAUAUAAAAGCAGCAAACCUACUUUUGGGUUACAGAAAUCCAGAUCGGGUUUAUCUUGCAGAUUAUGGACUUUCCUACAGAUACUGUCCCAGUGGGAACCACAAGCAGUAUCAGGAAAAUCCGAGGAAAGGCCAUAAUGGGACAAUAGAGUUUACCAGCUUGGAUGCCCACAAGGGAGUAGCCCUGUCCAGACGAAGUGACCUUGAAAUCCUCGGCUACUGCCUGCUGCGGUGGUUAUGUGGGAAACUGCCCUGGGAACGGAACCUGAAGGACCCUGUGGCUGUCCAGACUGCUAAAACAAAUCUGCUGGAUGAGCUCCCCGAGUCAGUGCUUAAAUGGGCUCCUUCCGGAAGCAGUGAAGUAGCGCAGUAUUUGCUGUGUGCUCGUGAUUUAGCAUAUGAUGAAAAGCCAAACUAUCAAAUGCUCAGGAAAAUUCUGAAUCCAGAUGGAAUGCCAUUAGGACCACUGGAGUUUUCCACUAAAGAAGAGAGCUUAAAUAUGCCUGCUCCAAACAAUCCAAAGGUUGAUUCACGAAAGGCUACAACAAAGCAAGUCAAUCAGAUGCAAAAUAGGGUAAUAGGAAAACAAGUCCCCAGUGAGAGAAGUGCCGAGUCCUGUGCAGCGCGGAGAAGAGUUCAGGGAGAGGAGGAGCCGACGGGGCUGCCCAGCCGUGACCCGCCGCAGGAAAGCACAAGGAGAAGACAAAAAUACUGUGAGUCUCAAGAAUGUCUGAAUGCAGUAAAAACUUCUCCACAAAUAUCCAGCUGUGUGCAACUCCCAAAUUCAUUUGAUGAACCCCAUCAAGAUUUUACCAGUCCAGAUAUGUUCAGUAAGUCAAGAUCUCCAUCUUGGUACACAGACGCUUCUACAACUGGUAUGGAGGUCACAGAAUUAGAAAGUUCUACAGGAUUCUGGCAUACUCUUAGUGAAGAGACAAAAUCAGAUGUAUAUUAUUAUGGCAUCACCAUUGUUUUUCUUUUCAUAUUAGUAUGUCUUGCUUUAUACUUUCUCUGAAGAUAUCAAAUAAAAUCCUUUUUAAGGUUUCCA